GUACCAUGAGGAUUUGUACUGGAUGCUGCCACACAGGAAGAGCUGCCCACCCUGCCAGGGACUGUGGGGUUCUGCUCUUCAUCACCCAAGGACGGCCUCCUUCCUGCCGCUUCUCUCUGUGGUGCUUUGGGGCGCCCUGCUGUGGGCCGGCUCCUUCCCUGACCUGGCCCGGGGAGCAGGGACCUUCACCCUGGGGGUGCUGGGCCCCUGGGACUGUGACCCCAUCUUUGCCCAGGCCCUCCCCAGUGUGGCUGCCCAGCUGGCUAUAGACCGAGCCAAUCAAGACUCCUCAUUGGUGCUGGGCUCACGGCUGGCUUCUGUGGUCCUUCCCACAGGCUGUGACACCUCUCAUGCCCUGGCCACUUUCCUGGCCCACAGGAACACCGUAGCUGCUUUUGUGGGCCCUGUGAAUCCUGGUUACUGUGCGGCAGCAGCCCUGCUGGCCCAAGGCUGGGGCAAGACCCUCUUCUCCUGGGUGUGCGGGGCUCCAGAGGGAGGAGGGGAGCUGGUGCCCACCUUGCCUUCGGCUGCCCACGUGCUGCUGUCUGUCAUGAGACACUUUGGCUGGGCUCGUGUGGCCAUUGUGUCCUCCCACCAGGACAUCUGGGUGGCCACAGCCCGGCAGGUGGCCAUGACUCUCAGGACGCAUGGGCUGCCAGUGGGGCUGGUGACCUCGCUGGGACCUGGGGAGCAGGGGGCCACGGAGGUCCUGAGGCAGCUCUGCAGCGUGGAUGGCCUGAAAAUUGUGGUGCUGUGCAUGCACUCGGCACUCCUGGGGGGCUCCGAGCAGACCACCCUGCUGAGCCGAGCGGGGGCCCAGGGCCUGGCGGAUGGGAGGCUGGUCUUCCUGCCCUACGACACCAUGCUCUUCGCCUUGCCCUACCGCAACCGCUCCUACCCGGCCCUUGGGGACAGCGGGCCCCUGCAGGAGGUCUAUGAUGCAGUGCUCACCAUCAGCCUGGAGUCCGGCCCUGUGGACAAGGCCUUUGAAGCUGCCAAGGCCAGUGGAGAGGUGACUGCCCACCUGCAGCCAGAGCAGGUGUCCCCGCUCUUUGGAACCAUCUACGAUGCUGUUGUCCUGCUGGCCCAUGCUCUGAACCGCUCAGAGAGCCACGGGGCAGGACUUCCGGGGGCCCGCUUAGGGGCCCACACAGGGGCUCUGAAUGUGACUGGCUUUAGCCAGAGGAUCCAGACGGAUGAGAAGGGCAGGAGGCUGGCUCAGUAUGUCAUUUUGGACACAGAUGGUCGUGGGAGCCAGCUGGUCCCCACGCAUACCCUGGACACAGGCACAUGGCAAGUGCAGCCCUUGGGCAGGGUCAUACACUUUCCAGGAGGGGCCCCUCCUGUGCGUGACUCCAGCUGCUGGUUUGAUCCCAAUACGCUCUGCAUGAGAGGUGAGCAGCCCCCAGGCAGCCUCCUCGCUCUGGCCCUGACCUGUAUCCUGGUGCUAGCUGGUGGGGCCUUCACGUGCCUUAUCAGAUUGGGUAUCCAACAGCUGCAGCUGGUGCGGGGCCCCCACCGGAUCCUGCUGACAGCCGAGGAGCUCACCUUCAUCCAUCGGCCCCUGAGCAGACGAAGGCUGCUCAUGGACAGUGUGAGUGAAUCAAGGAGUGUGGUGGAUGGUGGGAGCCUGAGGUCAGUGGCCCAGGGGUCAGCAAGGAGCCUGCCGGCCCCCCAGGAGCCCACCAACGUGGCCCUCUACCAGGGAGAGUGGGUGUGGCUGAAGAAGUUUGAAGCUGGCACUGCCCCUGAGCUGCAGCCAAGCUGCCUCAGCCUCCUGAGGAAGAUGCGGGAGCUGCGGCACGAGAAUGUUGCUGCCUGCCUGGGCUUCUUUGUGGCCCCUGGAGUCAAUGCUCUGGUGCUGGAGCACUGUGCCCGGGGCAGCCUGGAGGAUCUGCUGCGGAACGAGGCACUGCGGCUGGACUGGACCUUCAAGGCCUCCCUGCUGCUGGAUUUGAUCCGGGGUGUGCGGUAUCUGCACCAUCGACACCUCCCUCAUGGCCGCCUCAAGUCCCGGAACUGUGUGGUGGAUGGGCGCUUUGUACUGAAGGUCACCGACCACGGUUAUGCAGAGCUCCUUGACGCUCAGCAGGCUCUGCGCCCCCGGCCAGCCCCUGAAGAGCUUCUGUGGACAGCCCCAGAGCUGCUGCGGGGCCCUGGGGGCCCCGGGCGGGGCACCCUCAAAGGGGACGCCUUCAGCAUCGGCAUCAUCCUGCAGGAGGUAUUGACUCGAGGCCCGCCCUACUGCUCCUCAGGGCUCUCAGCGGAAGAAAUCAUCAGGAAGGUGGCUUCGCCCCCUCCCCUGUGCCGGCCAGCAGUGUCUCCUGAGCACGGGCCACCUGAGUGCAUCCAGCUGAUGGAGCAGUGCUGGGAGGAAGCUCCGGAGGACAGACCCAGCCUGGACCAGAUCUACACGCAGUUCAAAAGCAUCAAUCAAGGCAAGAAGACCAGCGUUGCUGACUCUAUGCUGCGGAUGCUGGAGAAGUACUCCCAGAACCUGGAGGACCUGAUCCAGGAACGCACUGAGGAGCUGGAGCUGGAGCAGCAGAAGACAGAAAGGCUGCUCUCUCAGAUGCUCCCUCCAUCUGUGGCUGAAUCUCUGAAAAUGGGGGCUACUGUGGAGCCAGAGUACUUUGACCAGGUCACCAUAUACUUCAGUGACAUUGUGGGUUUCACCACCAUCUCAGCCCUGAGUGAGCCCAUUGAGGUUGUGGGCUUGCUCAAUGACCUCUACACGCUGUUCGAUGCUGUGCUGGGCAGCCACGAUGUAUAUAAGGUGGAGACCAUUGGGGACGCCUACAUGGUGGCCUCAGGACUGCCCCAGCGCAAUGGGAGCCGGCACGUGGCAGAGAUCGCCAACAUGGCCCUGGAUAUCCUUGGCUCUGUGGGUGGCUUCCGGAUGAGGCACGCACCCGACGUGCCCAUUCACAUCAGAGUUGGUCUGCACUCAGGGCCCUGUGUGGCAGGGGUCGUCGGUCUCACCAUGCCUCGGUACUGCCUCUUUGGGGACACUGUGAACACUGCAUCCCGGAUGGAGUCCACAGGGCUGCCAUACAGAAUUCACGUCAGCAGAAGCACUGUGCAGACCCUGCUCAGCCUGGAUGAAGGCUACAGAAUUGACAUCAGAGGCCAGAUUGAGAUAAAGGGCAAGGGGAUGGAGGAGACCUACUGGCUGGUGGGGAAGGCAGGCUUCCCCAGACCCCUCCCGCCACCUCUGGACAUCAAACCUGGGGAUCCCUGGCAGGACCUCAUAAACCAAGAAAUCAAGGUGGCCUUUGCCAAAGCCCGGCAGAGCACGGCCAGGCCCUGGAGCUCAGGAAAGGCCUUGGCCGGGCUCUGAGGAGAGGGACAGCACGGCAUGAAGGCCUGUACCAGCCCAGAGACUCUUGUGACUGGACACCCCCAACCCCAACCUUUCUCCCUGCUCCACUUCCUGAUGAAAUUUCUCUUGCAGAACUCACUAGCAACCAACUGGGUGUUCAUUAAUCAGUGCCCAAGAGCAAUAUUAAUUGAUGCAUUUCAGCAUGAAUCCUGUAGGUACACUUGUCUCUUGACACCCAAACAAUAAAAACAGAAAUAUUCCUCUG